UGUGAUUACAUUCUAAGACAGAGGUUCUACAAAAUGUACUCAUAGAACAGGAAGACAGUGAUGAUUUCUGCUCACUUAGGGAUUGAAGAGGAGACAGAAGAAAGUAAGAAGUUAUCUAUACAUAUGGAAGUGAAGCAAAUCAACAAACGUGCCUCUGGCCAGGCUUUUGAGCUGAUCUUAAAGCCACCAUCUCCUAUCUCAGAAGCCCCUCGAACUUUAGCUUCUCCAAAGAAGAAAGACCUGUCCCUGGAGGAGAUUCAGAAAAAACUGGAGGCUGCAGAGGAAAGAAGAAAGUCUCAGGAGGCCCAGGUGCUGAAACAAUUGGCAGAGAAGAGGGAACAUGAGCGAGAAGUUCUUCAGAAGGCUUUGGAGGAGAACAACAACUUCAGCAAAAUGGCGGAGGAAAAGCUGAUCCUGAAAAUGGAACAAAUUAAGGAAAACCGUGAGGCUAAUCUAGCUGCUAUUAUUGAACGUCUGCAGGAAAAGGAGAGGCAUGCCGCAGAGGUGCGCAGGAACAAGGAGCUCCAGAUUGAACUGUCUGGCUGAAGCGACAGGAGGGUAUGGCACGCCCCACCACUAGUAAAUCCCCCUGCCUAUAUUAUAAUGGAUCAUGCGAUAUCAGUAUGGGAAUUGUAUGACAUGGUUUAAAAAGAACUCAUUAUAAAAACAAAAAACAAAAAAAAAACAGAAUCAAAAAUUAAAAAAAAAAUCAAUGCGGUCUCUUUGCAGAAUGUUUUGCUUGAUGUUUAAAAAAUACCUUGGAUCUUAUUUUGUAAAUACUUACAUUUUUGUUAAAAAAUACAAGUAUUGCAUUAUGCAAGUUAUUUCAUAAUCUUACAUGUCCUGUAACAGGCUUUUGAUGUUGUGUCUUUCCACUCAAAUGAAUUUGCUAGGUCUGUUCUUUUUGAAGCUCCCCAUGUCUAACUCCAUUCCCUGCCCUUCAUUCCAGCAGAAAAAUGAGGUCAGUAGACAGUCUAUGGUGCUAGAAACCCACCAUUGCCUAAUGACCUGGACGGCUUUGUAAUCUCUGAACUUGACUUAGACCAUACCUAGAUCACAGGUAUUGACUCCACACGAACCUCAGCAUUUGUUCGCUCAUAAUCUACUAACUGCCUAAAAACUACAAAACCAGGCUAACAAAAACCACCAAUCCUAGCAUUUCCUUCUGCUUCUACUGGAUUAUGUGCCACAAAUGUGCUCUGGCUUUAGAAAGGGAUGGAUGAGAAGACAGAUUUGAGAUCAAUCUGGGUAGAAGCAAAAAGUUGAAACUUGUAAAAUGCUGAACACAGAUCCAAAUCCAAAUGGUUCAAGCAGCUGUGAAAUCGCUUUUCAUGAAGUGGGCUUAAUUCUCUAGUUUAAGUUCUUUUGAUGGAAUGAAUUAAUUAAUGUGUCGGGUGGCUUAUUUGUGGAUGCCAUGAUUGAUGAUGUUCAUUUUAAGCUCUUACCUAUAGUACAAGUACAUGAUGCUACUGAAUAUUUUUCCACUUGGAAACUGUGAGCUGGUUGUGCAUUAAAACAUACACGCUAACAAAAUCAAAACACUGCGGACUUUCACUCAAGCUGGUCUUUCUUCCCCAGUGUGAGGCAAUCCUGCCUAUUAAAAAAAAAAAUUACUCCAUCUGUGAGGGAUGACACAGUUCAGGGGGCUAGGCAGGGCAUUUGUGCCAACUAAGAGAAUCACCAGAUACCCACCGUAAGUACCUAUCGCAGUUUUGAAGUCGUUUCUCCCCCAACUCCCAACUCCUGAAGGUUGCUGCCUGCAUAUUUACUCUUCAUUAGUGCUAUUUUCCUGUAUGUCAUUGUGAGCAAGCUGUGAUUAAUAAAGAAUUGGAGUUCUGUGAACUAA